UGCGGAUUUGUUGUCGGGGACAUCGCCAGUCAAUCGGCGACGCAUCUCCGAUUCUAGGUCGAUGGUUCCCCCGCUGAGCCUGUCCCCCCGAAGAGGAAGAGGGACGGAGGAGAAGGAGGACGAGGAGGACGAGGAGUUGCCCCUCAGGUCCGCGGUCCGCGACCCAUCGUGCGGGGUGGACUCCCAGGCGACGCAGGACAUGGGGGACAGCAUUCACAAGUCCUUCGGCAAGUCCCUCAGCAGGGCCUUCAGCAAGAACCUCGAGUCCCUCCACGAUCGGAUGACCCGCAGCAGCGAGAUCUUCACCGGCGCGGAGGAUACCAGAACCGAGAAGAGAAAGUAUUGCUACGAGUUCGUUUCCAGCCCGACGUUCGAACUUGUCUGGUCGAUCGUCAUCCUCGCGAGCACUACGAUGAUGGCCGUAGAAGCGCAGUACGACGGCAUAGACGCCUCUUACCGUCAAGACCUUGGGCGAUACCCCGCGACCGAGCCUGCUAGUAAGGCGUGGCCGGGCGCCGACAAGGUGUUCGUGGCCGUCGAUGUGAUGUUCGGCGCACUGUUCACCCUGGAGCUGGUAUGGCGCUUGGCCGUCCUCCAGAAGGAGCUACUGCUGGACGCAUGGUCGUGGAUCGACAUUGCCGCGGUCAUCUUCUGGUACGUCGAGCGGGUCUCGGACAUGUUCUUGCCCGUAGACCCUAAGUUCAUACGCGUCACGAGGCUCGUGAGGCUGUUGCGCUUCGUGAGAGUCAUCAGGUUCGUCAACGCAUUCGAAAAAUUGUACUUGAUGGUGGCCUCGAUCACCAGCAGCUUCUCCGCGCUGGCUUGGUCUGCAGGAAUGUUGUUCUUAGUCGAGAUGGUAUUUGCGCUGUUGCUCAACAUCUUGCUCGAGAGCUUCUGGACCAACACCGACAACCCCAUGGAAGACCGCCAGGCUGUAUUUCAGCUUUACGGGACCUUCAGCAAGUCAUUGUUGAGCAUGUUCGAAAUGUUGCUUGGCAAUUGGUACGGCAUUACCCGCGAGCUCGUCAAGGUCAGUGAAUGGUAUUUGAUCUUCGGCGUGGGGCACCAGCUAGCACUCGGCUUCGCCGUGAUCGAGGUGAUGACAGGUGUGUUCCUUCACGAGACGUUCCAUGUGCUGUCGAUGGACGACAGCAUCAUGGCGAACGAAACGAAACGUGCGAUCAAGAGCAAUACCGAGAAGAUGAAGGUGUUCUUCCAAAACGCGGACGUCAAUGGCGACGGGUUUCUCGACAAGGAGGAGCUCGAGAAGGUGUUACAGCGGGAGAAGGUACAGGAGUGGCUCACUGCAAUGGGGCUUGAGAUCCACGACAUGGUCAGCGCGUUCACGAUCAUGGACAAGAAUGGCGACGGCCAGCUCAGCACCGAGGAGUUCGUGGAGGGGGCCUGGAAUCUGAAGGGCCAGGCGAGGGCCAUCGAAGUGGCGAUGAUACGGAGCAUUCUGGAAGAGAUACGGAGCAAGAUUGAGGAGCGGGGUCUGGGUGAGCCCAGACACUUGAACGCAAUCCAGCUGAAGUGACGCCAUCCGUUGUUUGUGUUGUUCUGGCCUCAAUAUUCCCUGCCUCCUUCUCUUUUUAUCCUGUGCGUCCGUAUCCCAGGACCCAUCAUAAUGCAGAUGUUUUUCAAGAAUUGUUUGCGCCAGGUCAUUGUUGGCUUUGUCGUGUUUUCCAGACAUUCUCGAGGGAGGCCCAGUGCUAAAUGGCUUCAGGCUUCAGGGUCAUUAUUGUGCUGCCGUUUCUAAACUGCUGCGUUUUGACGGCAUGUCCAGUCAAGUUACCACGCGUACCCGCUGAGAAAUUGUGGCUAGGUUCUAGCCGCCGCAUCUUCAAGCGUGGGUGUGGGGCUGCUGGACUGCUGGUGGUGAGUGACUUCCACCUGCAGGCGAUGAGUUAUUAGGCUACUGUUCUCCUCUUUGCGCCGCGGGCUCAGCGAGCUGGCUGUCGGCAGCUUGGCGAGGGUACACCCUGCUACUCUCUGUGCACUGCCCUCUGCCAUUCAGCCGACCCUAUUACCGAGUGCCCGCUGGCGGUCGGCAGACCGAUUGGGAUUGCAAGACUUGAAGCGCUCAAUGCUAUGGGAGUCGCUGGAUGCAUUAAGAGAAAGCUUGAGGCUGGCGUUGCAAAGAUAGCGUGGGAUGUGGCGCCGCUGGUCCGCUUGUUACGCGCCAUCCCCACCUUGGGUAUAGCGUGCACCGAAGAAGCCCUGGCAGGGGGGCAGCGUGUUCAGAAGGAUCCCUCGCAGGGAAAUCGCCUCACAGGGACAGCUUGCACGGCGGAGGCCUUCGUUUCGGGGAUAGCGCGCUAUUCGGAUGUCGGUGUUGCGCGCUAUCGUUUCGACGCCAACCGAGCGUAUCCAGUUCCAUGCGGAAGAACCGCGGCUGCGAACCAGCGCAGCAGAAAGGGGGGCACGCGACAGUUCAGCGCCAUCUCUGAAUCAGCGUGUGUCUGGCACAACCCCCUCGCCCGCUGCAGCUGUUUCCUCGUCCUUGCUAUUUUCUCCUCCGCCAUCCCCUUUUUCGUAACUUACCCGUCCCUUUUCGCAGUGUCCGUAGGGCGGGCCGGGCGUUUCGCCGGAGAUCUCCUGCGCCAUGUACGAUUUUGAGGCUUGGACGUUGCCACAGCUUCACGGAUGGAGGGCGGGC